ACUAUUGCAUCAGCCUCACAUAGACAAAACAAGUUACCGUAGAAUUCGGAGGCCCCUUUACCAUUUGAGUGCAGGCAAAGGCAAACUGUCAGUUGCUAGUUACUAAUUCGGAGCUGUGACACUGCUGACCCUUUGUUGUUGUUGUCCCCCAACGGCAAGUGCCCCCACAAGAUGCCUCUCUCCUACCGAAAAAGGAAACAAAUUUGGCCAGCGCUACACCUCAAGCCGUCUAUAAAAGUCGCCCAUCUGCACAGCCAUCCACAGGGACCAUCCUAGCUACCCACCCUGCACUACGCUGCAGCAGUCUUCAGAAAUUCGUCAGUCACUGCAGAUCGGUGCAGGCGGCCUGAACCUGCAUCACCAAACCAAUUCCUCAAUCAAUCUGCUACUGCGAUUUGCGAGGCAGGUCAGCAGUAAACCUGUACCAAGUCUUGUUGCCUGAGUUGGCUGUCGGCUCCGGCACGCCGGCGGUGUCGUAGGUGUAUAGAUCAUGGAGGACUUCGGCGGCUGGAGUAUGCAGUAUGCAGCAGAUCCAUGCCUGCCAAGCCGCCCGAGCGACGACGACGGCCUCCUCGGUGCCUUUCUAGGCGGCGGCUUCGACCUCCGUUCUGACCAUGGCGGUCUCAGCGACCUGCCCUCGUCGCACCAGGUCCAGAACCUCAUGCCCUGCCACGGCGGCGCGAGUCUUUCCGUUUCCGACGGAUUCAUGGGCCUGGACACGGCGGAUAUGCUCGCGAGCGUCACCGGCGCACUGGACGACGGCCUCCUUGACACGUUCGCUUACGGUUCGGACGUCGUCGCCGCCGCCGCCGAGGAGCCCGCGCAGCCCACCGCGUCGAGCAACGCCUUCUCCUCCGGAUACAGCAGCACCACGGGCGGCAAUUACGGCAACAUCUCCUCCGGCGAGUCCAACACGUGCAGCGGCGGCGGCGGAGGCCAUGACACGGAGGUUGCGUCUCCCUGCGCCCUGUCGCGGUCGUCGGCGCUGCCUCAGGCAACGGCCGCGCUCGCCUCGAAGCGAAAGCUGGGGGGCAAGUACCCUGCGGUAGCCGCGACCACAUCAACGGAGGCGCAGGUCGCUGCCCCGUGGCGUGGCGCAAAGCGCGACUCGGCGACGUCGUCGUCGUCGACCAGCAUCACGUUCGCCGCCGGGCAUGGUGACCACCAUGCGGCAGGAGGAUCGUCAUCGUCGGCCGGCGGCGGGUACGAGUACGAGCCGGACUCGGAGGCGCUAGCGCAGGUGAAGGAGAUGAUCUACCGCGCGGCGGCGAUGCGGCCGGUGCACCAGCUCGUGUGCGGGGCCGGCACCGAGCCGGCGCCGUCGUCCCAGAGCAAGCCGCGGCGCAAGAACGUGCGGAUCUCGAGUGACCCGCAGACGGUGGCGGCGCGGCUGCGGCGGGAGAGGGUGAGCGAGCGCCUGCGCGUGCUGCAGCGGCUCGUGCCGGGAGGUAGCCGGAUGGACACGGCGUCCAUGCUCGACGAGGCGGCCAGCUACCUCAAGUUCCUCAAGACGCAGGUCAAGGCGCUGGAGAGGGCGAACCCUAGCAAUGGUGGCUACCACAACAGCAGCUUGCUGCCGCAGAGUUACACGGGGACGGGGAGCCUCGGUGUCGGUGGUGGUGGCACCGGUGUUGCCAAUGGAAGAGAUGGCGCCAUUGAUGGCUACGUAAAUUCCAACAGGAACAUGCACUUGUAGCGACGCAUAUAUGUAACCAUGGAUGUGUGAGUGAUUUAUAUGAGAGAACUACUACAGUACUCCUAGAUUUUGAGGUCUUUAAAGUCUUCACUUUAUUUCUGAGGAAUAAUAAU